GCGGGGUUCCGCAGAUCGUCGUCCCCUUUUAAUCUGGCUGGAAUUUGGGGGGAAGGGGGGGAGGGGGGUGGGGAGAUGCUCGUUCACCCUCCUUUUUGUCACUCUCCGUACCAAUUACGACCGACCGGUCGCUACAAUAGGUCGCGGAGGUUUUCGUCCUUGCGCUGCUCUCGCCUGCUGCCGUCUAGAAUGGAGCGUUGCCGGAUGCCGUCGUCAAUUUCCCUAUUGUUGCUACUUAUGAUGAUAGUCUUAAUUCGACGUGGUGUCCGCGCUAAUUGCUGCCCCGAGUGUUUCGGUAGAAGUGUAGGACGAUUUUCGUUUUCCCUAUUGCCAGGAGCUCAUCGCUAAUGGAGGCCCAGUCUUCUCUUUUUACAGAUUUUCUUGGUGCUAUGUGGUAGUCCGCGUCCCCUUGUGCCCCGUUGUGCGGCUGCUGGGUAUAUCCCACCAACUCCUUGCUUGCUGUCUUCGGUCAUCGUCCGUGGAGGCCCAGUUUUCUCUACCGAUUCCCUUGGUGCUUCUGUGUUUAAAUCGUGUCUUUAUGUCUCCUUGUGCGGCUGCUGGCUGGGUAUAUCCCAAUCUCCACCGUGCCCUCUUCGCUUCCUUCGUCUUUGCGUUUGGCCUUUGUUGUUGGGUUUGCUGGGUAUUUACUUCCCUCGUGCCCUCCCUCGCCCUUCUGUCUGCGCUACAUUCUUCUCGCUCUGAAGUCCUCUCUCGCGCUGUUUCUUCCACCUUUCUGAGCCUUCACUAGGAUGGAUGACUUAUUCUACACAGCGUCGUUGACGCCUCUGGCGCGUCCCCUCUUCCUCUACUCCGUUCGAAACGGUUGUGCGACGCCCUUCUGCCAGCCAUCGUUAUCUUUUCCGAUUAGGGUGUUCGGUUCAUUCCCCUCGUUAUUCGACUCCCUCUUGCCCUCCCUCUCUUACUACUCCCUCAAGUCUUCCCUAUUUUACGCGUCCGUCAUCGUUUCUUGAUGUUCGUUCCCCAUAUAUACCGUUUCGUCGAUAAGAGGCGUGCGGAGUCGGAUGGAACUAAAACACACUGGUAAGAGAGAAUUGCGGCUUGUGCUUGGGGAAAUCGCUGUUUGGCAGGAAGAGUCGAUGCAGAGCGUAGUUUGUGCGGGGGAUUCCUUGCAGCACAACGAGAAAAGAGUAGGCAGUCGGUUUCUUCUUGACCAGAGCCAGUCAAUGCACAGGAGGCAGCCAGCUUUUUAACGCAAAUGAUUAUCUAUUUGGGAGUGGCCAUGAUUGCAUAGCCCCGUCUCUGAACGUCCAGAGCGAUUGGAAGGUGAUACUGGCGUUUCACCUUUCGUGUCAAACUGGGCAGUAUACCUACCAUGUGUCUCCGAUUACAAUCGGUGAUACUGGCAGUGGCCUUACGUGUGGCGGUCUGUCCUGACGUCUUCGCCCGGUUCACGAAGUGGGGCCACCUAACUCUUGUGGGCUGACUGAUGCUGGCGCUGUGCUGUCUUCCUCGUCCGGUCGUUUACAGCGGCUUAGUGGAUGAGUGUAGGCGUGGCGCUGUGCUUGUCCUCCUCGUCUGCUCAUUUAUCGCGGCUGAGGUGGUCGGUGUAGUGAGCGGCGUGGGUGUGUGUGUGCUGGGAACCAAGCGUAGUAAAGCGGCGGACGAUUCGCAGGAACGGUCGAUGCGCCGGGCUUGGGCGGGGAGGUUCGCGCUUCGCGCACAAGGGUGAGGUCUUGCUACGUCCAAGGACACCGAUGGGGAGUCGUGUCUGCCACCUCUCUCCUUUGGGGAGUAGGUGUUGCUCUGUGAACCCAGUUGUGUUCUCUUUCUUCUCAUUGAAGUCUUUACGACGUGCAUGUGUCGGACGUCGGCGUUCUGUGGCUUGCUGCGCUCAGGAACCGCGCUCUCGCAUGUGUCUUGUGUGUGUGGUGUGGUCGCUGCCGGAGCUCGCGCGAAGAACGUCAGUUCGUUCGAUAUUGUCUGCACUUGCUGAGGCUGAAUGAGCUGUGAGCUGACGGCGAGUCUACUGUAGUCACCUUGGACGCCAGGGCUGUGGUCGUUGUCGUUUUCUCUCUCUCUCAUGCCCGUGCUACCUCCUCGCACAAAAUCGUCGAGGUGUCGUUACGAGUUCGCGUUUGAUUUUGAAAUGCUUAUUUUUCGAAUUUUCGGGCUUCUGCUAACUUGUAUUUUAGUGUUAUGUUGUAGAGAAAUAGGUUUUAGGCUGAAGAAGAAGAAGAAGAAGAAGAAGAAGAAGAAGAAAGGAGAGAAGUGUGCGAGAUAGGGGGAAAAGAGAGGAGAGAGAAAGAAAGCUCAUCAACGACGAUGACAAUUUACGGAGCUCCCGCCCUCCAUUACUCUUGCUGCUUCCGCUGCUGCUACUGCUGCUGUGCGCACGUGCUGUUCCCCAAACAUUCUGGAACUUGCCGCUCGCUGGCGAUGUUUGUGAUGACACUCUGAAUUUGCGGGUGGUAUGUAGCCAAGUAAGUAGCAUAGCAGUAGAGCUGUCUCUGUGUGUGUGUGUGUGUGUGUGUGUGUGUGUGUGUGCGCGUGCUUGCGUGGGUGCGUGCGUAUGUUCUCUACUAUGUCCUUGAUUUUCCCCUUCCGGUCUUUUCGACGGAAAUCGCUAAAUAACGUACGUCUAUCUUUGACGUCAAAAAGACAAUUCCUACCGAGGAAAUGCGACAUUUCUACUACUCUCCUGAUCCGCGACAUGAUUGGGCUUCUACAUUUUUUUUUGGAAAUUUAACUAACGUGGCCUUGCGGAGCGAUGAGGACGUAUUGAUCGAUAGAUGGAUGGAUUGAUGGGUGUCUAAGGCCUCUCUCUCGUCUUCCUUCUCUCUCUUCGUCUUCCGGUCCUGCUCCCCUUCACCCCCGCUUGCGCCCGUCUCUGUCCCUGCUCGCAUCUUCCUUCUAUCUUCGUCUUGCAGUCCUCUCUCCAUUUCUCCCAUCCGUAAAUUCCUCGAGCGGGGUCUUCGGAAUCGUCUCGCAUCUCAGAUUGGCAAAAUUGGACGGCCACGAGCGAGCUAUACUCGGUAUAGAGCGCCACCUUUUAUGCGGAUAGGAGAGCUUUUCACUUUUCACUGUGAUGACGACGAACGCAAGAGAGGGAGAAGUUUGUUGCUUGGGGCACCGUUCUUGAUGUCAUCGACUGACUCGUCUAGCGGUGUCAUUAGACGGCGAAGAUGUCAUUAGACGGCGAAGAAUGCAAGAGUUGGUCGAUUUCGUGCUAAUGGCAAAGACUUAACGAGAGAGUUGGGCGGGUGGGAGGGACGGAGGAGUGGCAAGGGUGUAUACGGGGGUCUGAAAAGGUCGUAAGUGAAUCGUUCGUUUCCAUAUCUGAUAGGUGCAGCGAAAGGUCGUUCGUUUCCAUAUCUGAUAGGUGCAGCGAAAGGCCAAGUGGGGGGGGGAGGAGGCAUAAGAAAGGCGAGUGAUGAUAUCAGCUAAGGGCGACCGGGGUAUAAAUGAUACCCUGGAGUUAUUAGCCUAUAAAGGAAGGGAGGGGAGGGGAGGGGUUCUUUAUUCCAUGUACUUGAUUGUUCCGGAGAAAAGGGGAAAUUGUAAAUUGUUUGAGUUUUUUUAUUCAUUCUGGACGACACUGGCAUCGUAUCGAAGAUGUGGGCUCUCUUCUCGAGGACACUCAACAGGUGUAUGGGCGCUAUAUUUGUUCUCUGUUGUUGCGGAUUACGGGGGAAGGGGGGUCGGUUAAGAAGCGAAGAAAUCCUUUUGGAGAGUGGAGGGCAAUUGAGGGAAGAGAGAAGGAAGUGACCUUGGUCGACAUCUUUCAGAUUGAAACAAGAAACGGAACGAGAGCGGACUGGAAUGGACUCAUCAGAUGAAGGCAGCUGCAGUGGUGAAAGCGAGCUGCUUGCUUGGCUGCAAUGAACAUUCUAUUAAUUCGGAGAGACGACUCUGUUUCUCCUUCUGUACUUAGUCUAGUGGACAUAUAGAUCAGAAGCAUCCUUGUUUUGCUUUGAGAGCAAUUACUUUCUGUACAUAGUUCUGCUGUUGUUCAGCACAAUAGGGAGGGAAAACCGAGGGAGUGAAAAAGUCAAUAGACGUUCAAGCAUUGGAUUUGGGAGAAAAGCGAGCAAAAUGAGUACAGAGUAAGCAGAAAGGGGGGGGGGGGGGGGAGAGAGAGAGACACAGAGAGACACACAGAGAGAGGAGAGAGAGAGAGAGAGAGGGAUUAGACAAUCAAAGUCAGCGGGCAAGGGGUUUCUGUGCGUGAGAAAGGGGAGAAGAAUGUGUGGGUGUGUGGGUGUGUGAGAGAGAGGAAGGGGAGAAGAAUGUGUGUGUGAGAGAGAGAGAGAGAGAGAGAGAGAGGGGGGGGGGGGGGGGGAAGGGGGGGGGGGGGGGGGGAAGGGAAAGGGGUCCAUGGGAGAAUACUGGGCACUCGUGUUUCCCCAAGGAGAGACACUUGAUGUCAUGAAGGAGGUGAAAUGCUUUCUUAUGUCUAGUAGGAUCCGGAGGGCAGGGGAACGGUUUGGUGAGAGCGGGGUAGUCGUGUGGAAGUUUGGAGCAGGCAGACGCUUCAUGUUAUGGGACGCACCGGUCACGUAUGACCUAUUUUCUUCUUUGUGUAGUUACUACGACAGGUCUUGCGGGCCCGAUCUCGUCGACGUAUUCAAUGGGCCCCGCAUGUGCUAAUGCUGGGGGGCGGGAAUUUGUGACUAUCGUGGAUGACAUUCUAAGCAUGUUCUUGGAGAUCGAAUUUGUUUAUCUCUCGAAAGCUUAUGAUGACCAAAUGGAGAAGAAUCUUUUACCU